UUCCACUGCCCGUUCCCGAUCUGCCGCGAGGCUUUUGCUCGGCGCUACAACCUCAAAACGCACUUUUCAGCGCGACAUGCCCAGAUCAAGUCGUACAUCUGCGAAGAGUGCGGGCGAAGCUUUGCGCGCCGCUACGACCUCAAUCGCCAC